GGCUGACGAAAAGAAGAAACCUUGGGGCCAAAACGAAAAGAGAGCGAAAAGCGCGUGAAAAGCUACUAUGUAUGAAAGCAGGAAAAAAUGAAUGCAAUAAUUGUAAAAAAAUAGUUUGCGAAUAAAAAAAAUCAGUUCUUAAGGUGUGAAGUCAAUGCGUAAAUAAGGUUUAGCUGUGAAACGGAAUAAUAUACAAAUGCCAACGACAAAAGUAAGCGAUCAUAGGACAAGUGGGAUUAAUCUUUCAAUGGCCGCCACUACAACAACAACAACCACAACACUAGCAACAACCACCGGCAAUAGCACCACCACCAACAACAACACCAGCAGCAACAACAACAACAACAUCGUUACCGUACACGCCGUACUGAACAACCCACCCACCAAUAUUUCAGGCGGUGGUGCAGCCGACGCAGCCACCGUCGCGAUUGCCAAGGACAUGUUGCAGCUGCAUCAUGGCGCAGCAGCGGCAACAGCGGCGCUGAACAACAACAAUAAUAGCAAUAGCAGCAACAACAACAACAGCAGCGCGGGAAGCAGCAACAGUGCCGAUCAGCUGACCAACAACAGCAACAAUUCAGCAAACCACCCACCUGCCACCAGUAGCACCACCACCUCCUCCUCCUCCGCUAGCACCGCCACCCCCUCCGCCAAUGCCUCGUCAUCAUCGGCAUCAUCUCCGCCGCCAUAUGGAGAGCUGCGCUUUAAUCAGGAGGUUCUGCCCAUCACGGACGCCGUAACGGUCAUUGGCCGCAACUCCUCCACGUCGCUGGUCCACUUUAACGUGGCCGAGAACAAUCUGGUGUCGCGCAAGCACUUCCAGUUGCUUUUCGACGUGGACGAGCGCGCCUUCUUUGUCCAGUGCCUCAGCAAGAACGGAAUUUUCGUCGACGAUUUCCUGCAGCGCCGCAACGUGGACCCACUUCGUCUGCCGCAGCGAUGCUACUUCCGUUUUCCCAGCACGGAAAUUCGCAUAGAGUUCGAGAGUUAUGUGCCCGCCACUCAGUCGGAUGCAGCCGCCGGACACUCGCCAUCGUUGGUUGUAAGCAGUGGUGGCGCGGGUGGUGGUGGUUCAGCCCACGUUAUUAUUACACCACCGCCGAGGGACGAACUUCACCAGCAGCAGUUGCACCACCACCAGCAGCCGCAGCAACUGCAGCAGCACCCGCACCACCAGCCAGCGCACCACCUGCCGCUGCAGCAGCAGCAACCGGCGCACCACCCGCUCCCGCACACACCACACCACCCGCUCCACCACACAGCUCUGCACCAGCAGCAACAGCGCAGUGGCAACAUCGUUGUGGCGCCCCCAGCUGGGACAGCAGCCCACCUAAUCGCCGCCGGAGAUGGACCCUAUUCUCCGCUCAAGAUAUCCAUACCCAAAAAGGAGCAGAAGAGCCCCUACCUGUCACCAACUGGUACAAUAAGCGCUGCCAACAGUUGUCCGGCUAGUCCACGUCAGGGUUUCAUUCAGAACCAGCCCAACAAUUACAACAACUACAGUAACAACAAUACACAGGAUCUGUUUCAGACUCCCUCCACAGCCAGCUACAAUCACAACGAGAAGCCGCCGUACAGUUACGCCCAGCUUAUCGUCCAGGCCAUAUCUGCCGCACCGGACAAGCAGCUAACGCUCUCGGGCAUUUAUUCGUUUAUUGUCAAGCACUACCCGUACUACCGCAAGGAGACGAACAAGGGCUGGCAGAAUUCCAUACGUCAUAAUCUCAGUUUGAAUAGGUAUUUCAUCAAGGUGGCGCGCUCUCAGGACGAACCCGGCAAGGGUUCCUUCUGGCGCAUCGAUCCGGACAGCGGCGCCAAGCUGAUCGACCACAGCUAUAAAAAGAGGCGCCAGAGGAGCAGCCAGGGCUUCCGUCCGCCCUACGGGAUGCCCCGAUCGGCGCCCGUCUCGCCAAGUCACAUGGACAACUCACGCGAGAGCUCUCCGCUGCAGGACAUUGUGCUCCAAUCUGCUCCCGGAUCGCCGGGAAUGUCGCUGGAACAGCGCGCCGCUGAUGCCGAAAUCAUCUACAACUCUCAAAAUGCACACCAGCAACAGCAGCACCAACAGCAGCAGACGCUGUCAACCAAUUCCAAUCAGUACAGCAGCGGCAGUCCGUACUAUGUAACCAAUCAAAGCUCCGGCGUUGCCGCGCCACAAACGCAUGUUGAGGGAAGCGGCGCGAGCGGAGGCGGCGGAGUGGGAGCCCUGAUUGCGCUCAAGAGGAAUCAUGUGAUGGGCGGCGCGGCAUCGCAUUCGCUCCAUCAGCAGCAACAGCAGCAGGCGGUGGCACAGCAACAACGGCAGCAGCAACAGCAGCAUUCAGAGAUUAUCUACGAGGAGUUGCCGACCGACUACAGUGGCCACAUCGAGGCCAGCGAGGAGGAGUGCGUCACCACUGCCACCGAUGCCACAGUGGCCAAGCGACCCAAGUACGUGUCCGAGGUGCUCUGAUGCGUGCGGAUCCAGAAGCACCGGCAGAACAAGGGCAAAUAGUGGGUCCCACGGGUGGAAACGAUAAGAAAGCAAAACAAAAAGUAUCUCCAUCUUGUAUAUUGAAUUUGCCAAUCAUAAACCUACCUAUACCUAAAUCCCAAAAACAAAUCAAAACAAAAUGCGAACACAAACACAACAUAUGCGAAUUGAACGCAAGCGAAGAAAAGCAACACAAAAGCUAAAUAUAUAAAUUGAUAUGGAACAUAUUACAAAUAGCAACUGUGAGAUUGUGUUUAAAAUGUUGCCCAUAGAACCGUUCAACGGCGGCAACUAUAUGCACACUUUUCAAAAUUCGAAGAACCCGAUUCGAAGUUACGACUUAAUCCCUUAGAUCUGACGAAUUCAAUAUGCUCGAUGACGCUACUCUCUAAGUAAUAUAAUACAUUUUAAGUUUAAAGCGAGGUAAAGCAGCAAACAAAGCAAAAUUAUAUAGAUUUAUGCGAUUGAUUAUUAUAAUGAUUGAUGAUAUGAUGUUUAAGAUGUUAUAGCUAUGUGACCGAAUUGUGCGAGAAGCGUGAGAAAAUUGGGGAAAAAACAAGUAACAAGCAACCAACCACACAAGUAACAAACAAACAGGCGAAUGAAUAAUAUUACCUAUCUACAUACCUUUACCUAUAUCGAUUUAAAUAUAAAAAAAUAUAUAUAUAUAUCUAUAUAUAUAUAAAUAUAUAUACAAAACAUUAAAAUAAAAAACAAAAACAAAAUGAUGAACAUUAAUAAGUAAUAUCUACAAAUUUACGGAUACAAUAACAAUAUAUAAAGAUUGAAACGAUAGCACAUUAUUUCUUAUUAAUGAAGAAAAUCCCAUUUAAGUGUUUGGACAAAUUGUGUAUUAAAAAACAAAAAUCAAAUGUAAA